AUGAAGCCCAUAAUCGCGGUCCCGGCCACCCUGGCCCUGGUAUAUCGGGCAUACUCGCACAAGAGCCUCACCCCGGCCGGCAUCGCUGCCGCCGCCCUGUCUGCCAUCGCCCACGCCGUCCACCCGUGGAAUCUGCCCUUUGCCCUGCUCGUCGUCUUCUUCCUGGCUGGCACGAGGGUGACCAAGAUCAAGAAGGAUGUCAAGGCAUCCCUAACGGUCGCAUCGCAGGGCACCUCGGGCGGCGAGGGGCCCCGGACACACGUGCAAGUGCUCGCAAACUCGGCCGUCGCAUCCGUCCUCUCGCUCGCACAUGCCUACCAGCUCUACAAGCGCCGCGAGCUGCUCCUCACGGGCAGCACCAGCCCGGCCCCGCAGGGCAGCCUGUGCCUGGCGUGGGCCGGCGACCUGCUGCCCAUCGGCAUCAUCGCAAACUACGCCACCAUGGCGGCCGACACGUUCUCGUCGGAGCUCGGCAUUCUCGCCACCUCGAGCCCGCGGCUCAUCACGUCGCUGACGCUACGCAAGGUCCCCCGCGGCACCAACGGCGGCGUCACGGCCCUCGGCCUGGCCGCGGGGCUGCUGGGCAGCAUCAUCGUGGUCGUGGCCGCCGUGCUCUUCACCCCGCUCUGCCAGCCCGAGCACGACGGCCUCCUCUCUAGUGGCGCUGCCAGCCCCUGGAGGCCCGAGCAGCGCGCCGCCGUCAUGGUCGCCCUCGCCGUGUGGGGCGCCCUCGGCAGCGUGCUCGACUCGGUCCUGGGCGCGCUCUUCCAGCGCUCGGUGCGCGACGCCCGCACCGGCAAGAUCGUCGAGGGUGAGGGCGGCGUCCGCGUGCUCGUCUCGUCGCCCACCGCCGCGGGCGGCCUCGCCCCGGAGCAGAAGCACACCAACGCCCGCGCCGAGGUCAAGGCGGCCCUGCUCGGCGGGGAGGCCGGCGACGCCGUCGAGACCACGGCGCCGGCGAUCGCCUCCGGAUCGGCCCCGGCCCACGGAGUGGACGAAAAGACGGGCGCCUCGUCGCGCAGCAGGUACGACGCAAAGGACAGGCACCGCAGGAGCAGCUUCGGCGACGACAAGCCCAGCAGGGUCGUCGAGAGCGGCCUGGACCUGCUCGACAACAACGAGGUCAACUUCCUGACCGCCUUCACCAUGAGCACCGGCGCAAUGGUCAUUGCUGCAUGGUACUGGGGGCUGCGCGUGGAGGACAUCCUGGUUCCCUGA